AUGACUAAUAUUGAUUUUGUUGUUGUUGAGAAAUUCUAUGAUUGCAUUCAUAAUUUAGACAAAAAAGUCACUAGCCACAAAAAGGCCAUUAAAGCACUUCCAGCCAUGCAGGCUAGCAUGAGCAGAAGGCCCCCCAACCCACAAAAACGAACUCCAACCGUGAAGGCUAGCUCGGGAAAGGAGUGGGCUCCAUUAGCUUGGGUUGCUGCUUGGGUUUGCUGA